GAAUACCCUAGAUCACUUGAACUAAGAAGAAGACGCAACAUGGACGUCAGGUCGUCGUCAGUUCCUGUUGUAUUUGGCUGGAAGUGUUUCGUUAUUUGUCUUUUCAUGGACCAUGACCAAUGUUACAUUUCUAUACAUCGUCGAAGCCAUUUUUAAUUUCGGAUAAUCUACGAACAGUGGACGCGAAUUUUAAAACACGAUGAACAAGUUAACAUUAUUGCCUAUUCUAAAGUGAUUCUGUUCGUGAAAGGUUACUUACGUCAGGCAAGGGCAUGGACCAUGCCCAGCGGGAGAAGCUGUCGGAGUUGAUAGAGGAGUUGACCACUUCUGGGGAGCCAGAGUUGAACAAAGAUAAAAUGAAGGAGGUGAAAAAGAUCUGCAAGGUGUCGAACGACUACAUCGAGCACGUCUAUCACCUGAUCAUGACUCAGCUGGCCCAGGAGCACGCCGAGAUCCGCCUCUCUGCCCUGCAGAUCACCGAUGAGCUGUUCUCGCGCUCACACCGCUUCCGCACACUGCUGGUGUCCAACCUGCAGGAGUUCAUGGAGCUGACAGUGGAGACAGACGCUGAGCAGCCUCUCCCGCCACCCAAAGAAGUGGCCAGAAAACUCAAGAUUCUGGCCAUCCGCAGUGUGCAAUCCUGGCAGGGGACCUAUGGCCAGGCUUAUAAGAAACUGGCCCUGGGCUACCACUUCCUCAAACAGGUCAAAAAGGUGGACUUCAAUGACAUUCAUGCCAGAACGCUGGCAGAGAGGAGGAGACAGGAGGAGAAGCAGAAGAGACUGGAAAGGAUUUAUAAAGACAAAGUGACAAAGGCAAUCCAGGAGAUGGAAGAGGACAUGCCUGACAUCGAGGAGUGUCUGACGGAGGUGGAAAACUGCAUUCAGCUCCUCACACCCCACCCUGCAGACUUCAACCUGGGCAGUCUGGAGCCAACGGUAGCCUGUCAGACACCAGGGCAUUACACAGUCUCCAGUGGCGAUGAUGAGAGACCCUGUUGCAGCAAAGACCUGGAGGAUAAGGGAGCAGCAGGGCUGAAGGAGACUGAAAACAAGGAAGAGGAGAGCAGUGAAGAGGAGUCCGAGAUGGAGGAGGUUCUGGAGCAAGACACUUUUAUUCGAAACACUGGUCUGAUGACACGCACAUACAGCCUGGCCCUGAACAUGUCAACAGACCUGUGUGUGAAGGAGACAGAGGACAAUGAGGCAGUGGUCAACACCAUGUGGGACCUGCACCGCCUCAUCAGCACCAAGCAUCUGCCUGGUGUUCAGUCCUGGGUUCAGGUGUUUACCAAGGCUGGAGGGAACGACGCACUUCUGCGACGCGCGCUGGACUUGAAGAAAGGCCUAGAGAGGGCUUUGCAGAAACAUGAGGAGCUGCACAUCGAGUAUAGGAGGAGAGAACGCAGAGUGGCAAACGCGGGCACAGACGACGAAGAUGACAAUGACUUCGAGGAGGUCCCAGAGAAGGAGGGCCUGGAGCUGCAUAUUCCGGACCACCUGCGCGCGGAGUACGGUCUAGAGCCAGCCUCUGCUUCCACCUCCUCGGCAAAGCCAGCUAAGCCCGCAUCAGUGCCUGCCCCCUGGCCCCCUCCGCAGCCAAUGAGGCAUGGCUAUGAUGAACUGCAGGAUCCCACCUGUGCAGCUGCCACACUGCACAUCUUCAAGCAGAAACUGGGCUCCUCAUCUUCUGCCAGCACUUCCGGAGGCCAUGUGGAGCCAAAGGACAAGGAAGAACACAGCGAGGACAAAAUGAAUGCCCCUGUCAUCCCUUUUGGCAUAGAUCUGUAUUAUUGGGGUCAGGAGCAACCCACUGCUGGCAGAAUCAUUAGGUACAGCUCCCAACACCAGUUCUGGGUUCCUCACGAGGUAGAAGAAGAGGUAGAGAACAAGGAGCUCUCCGCUCAGAUGAAGUCCCGGUACAUCACCUUUGCCGGACGCUUUGAGCCGGUCCCACACGAAUGCCGGGCUCCCAUGCCUAACGGCGCUCUCUGCAAACGCCAAGACCGGAUUAAGUGUCCUUUCCAUGGGGUGAUUAUCCCAAGGGAUGACAUAGGUAACCCCAUCAACCCUGAUGAUGCAGCCCGGCUGGCGAUGGACAAGAGGAAGCUUCAGGAAGAGCAGCCAGACUGGCGGGACUCAGAGCUGAUGCGAGAAAUUGAGGCAGCCACAGGGGAGGAUCUGGGGUCCUCCAAGACAUUUGGGAAAGGCAAGAAAGGCUCCAAGGGCAAGGGCAAGAAGAAGUACCCCAAGCUAACAGACCUGAAGCAGAGCACCAACACGGCACGCUCCAGGCUGGAGAGGAAAGUCUUCAACAAAAGUGCCAUGAGGAGGGUAACGGAGGCUAUGAAACAGGUUGACAGACGGAAGCAUGAAAAAUUUGCAAACCAGUUUAACUACGCAUUGAAAUAAUGCCUUUUAGACCAUUCCACUGGGUAUGAUAUGGCAACUUAACUCAGGCAGAACUGUGUGCAUCACCUUAAUUGCACAGCAGCCCCACAAAUGAAAGUCUUACUUGUAACUUCUAAUAAACUGUCACAUACAUACCAGUGCUAAAGUUCAGAGACUGUAGGCAUGGUAUGAUGUUAUUGUGUUUUAUAGCAUUAGUGUUUUGUGUCAGUGAAAAGUAUUCAGUGUAAUCACUUUUUUUUCCCCUGAACAAAAUUCUUUUUUAUUUUACUUGUCUUAUACUCAUGAUCAUUUUGCAUUUUUGUAUGUUGUCAUUACUUUGUUAAAUAGAAAUAUUAAUUAUUCAUGCUCAAAUUAAAUUAAGCACACACUUCUUUGCAA